ACGCUCAUAGCGGCGAUUAUUGAAAUUAAUUGAGAGAUUAAUCGUAGCAGAUGCGUUUUCCUGCAGAUAACGCUGUGAAUUUGGAAAUUUACGGAUUUGGCCACCGCAUUGUUUCUUGCUAUGCGGUCGGUGUUGUGUAUCCUGUUACGUAGGAGUUAUAAUACUUCUUUUUUUUCGCAAAUCGAGAUAAUGGCUGCGAUGAACGAACGUAGAGAUUCUUUCUUUCAAUGUGAUAACAAAAUUAUACACCGCGCGAAUUUCUAGAGUGACGAAGAGAGGUUCCUCGAAUUUCGAGAAAUCAUCGUCAGUGUCGUGCGUUGCGAAUCAAAAUGACUGAAGAGACACAGCAAUCCGAGAAUGCUGUGCAAAACGGCAGCUCUGCGCAGAACGAUACGCAAACGAAUUCGUCGGAUGUUAGCAAGACCAAAGACAACAAAAAGGAAAAAUGUCGCCCCAUGACAAAGGUGGUGAUCAGGAGGCUGCCUCCAACAAUGACUCAGGAUCAAUUUUUGGAGCAAGUCUCUCCAUUACCGGAACACGAUUACCUACAUUUCGUGAAAGCUGACAUAUCCCUUGGCCAGUUUGCAUUUUCACGAGCCUACAUUAAUUUCUUAGAGCAGCAGGAUAUUUUUAUGUUUCGGGAGAAAUUCGACAGUUAUGUCUUCGUAGAUUCCAAAGGUGUAGAAUAUACUGCGGUGGUGGAGUUUGCGCCUUUUCAGAGAUUACCGAAGAAGAGGGUGGGCAAGAAAAAGGAUCUGAAAUGUGGCACUAUCGAAAGUGAUCCGUAUUAUAUAAACUUCUUAGAGAGCUUAAAGAAUCAAGAGAUCGAUUCGAGCACAGCUCAAUCGAAAACGGAAUAUUCUUAUCAACCGCCAGACAAUACAGCGAAAAAGAUUAUGACAACCCCAUUGCUUGAGUAUCUAAAGCUACGCAAGCAGGAGAAACAGCGGCUUAGGGAUGAAAAGCGCGAGGAGAGGCGGAGGAGAGACAUAGAACGACGGAGAACCAAAGAUGAUCCUGUUAUUUCUAAGGUUCUAAAGAAUCCAGACUUGGAUAAAGAAUUAAGUAAAGAUGACAAGGAGAAUAAGGAGGAGAGAGAUAAAUUCUCACUAAAAGACUUAAAGAACAGGAACAAAAGAGACGAUAAAGUGAAAGAGAAAUCAUCGCGUGACCGGGAAAUUAAGCCCAUCGCCAAGGGAUACAGAGAGCGCGUUGAUGACAGAAACAAAGACCGGGAAAUCAAGCAACGACGGUACGAUGAGAAGAAGCUUUACGGAAGACGUGACGAAAGAGAGAACGUGAGAGAGGAAAGGAGGCUCGACCUUAAGGAUGACAGAAGAUACGAGACGAAGGAGGAAUUCAGGGAACCCAGGGAGAAAAAGAUGGAGGAGAAACGCGGGAAGAGCUACGAAAAGAUGAGACAAGAGAAGAAAAAGUUAGCAGAAACGAAGAAGCUAAUCGCCGACGCCAACGAAGAGGGCGCGAGCCCGAAGAAAGUAAAGGAGGUGCAAGAGGCCAGCGUUCAGGAGAAGGAAGGCGAGAGUAGCAAAGAACCUAUAUACAACGGAGACGAAUUGAAGCAUGCCAGAGACAACGAAUGUGCGCAACAUAAUACUGCCGAGGAUAGAGUUACAGCGAAUGCGACCCAAGAUUGCCGAGAUAGUACCAAAGAAGGAAAUGGUUCGGCUAAUGCAGAUGCGAGCGACAAGGAAGCAUCCGAAGAGAAAGAGUCGAAAGUUGUAAAGAGGCGUAGCUCGUUGGAGAGUGGCGGUGAAGGCGGUGCGGGUGACGCCAGCUGUUUACGGCGUCACAAGUCUUUAGACGGUGGAGGCCAGAGUAACUUAAAGAACGAGAACGAAGAGAAAGAAAAAGACAAGAAGGACCCGCGAUUGGAACGUAGAAUACGAAAUAAGGAUCGUCCAGCAAUGGAGAUCUACAGACCUGGGAUGGGCAAGUUCAGCAAGCAGCGGCUGGAACGCGAAAAGUCCAACAACGACGAACGAGCGUCCCUUUCGCAAAGUCCCACGCCAAAUCCCGGCGCGUCCGCACCCGCGGGUGGCAAAUCCGGAAAGACCGGCUCAACGGAGGUGCGCUCGAUGACGUUCAAGCGCAGCCUCACUCGCGACGUAGUGUAACGGAGUUUUUUACGCGCUUUUAUCCCGCUCGGAUAUUUACUUCAUCAGUGAUAGACUCGCGCGAACGACGUAAUACGUUUAGUAGCUACGUAUAAUUUUUCCUAUUGUACUGUAUGAAACAUUCGCUGUACGGCAUCGCGUAUUGAAAUAAUCCUGUACGCGUGUACGAACGUUCCACCUGCGAUCUCGUUACACCAUUUUGUUAAUGUUAUUUCUUUCUCUCACCUCGUCUUUUCGUGGAAGUGUAAUCCCCGCGUUUUAUUUUGAAUAAAACUCCAUUACUAUAUUAUUACUAUUA